GGGCAGGGGGUGGGGGGGCGAGGAGGGGAGUGAAAGAGGAAGGAGCGGGCCUCCUGUCUGCCAUCUGACUAUGCAAAUGGCCUGACUCAUUGCACGGCCCCCUAGCCAUGGCAGGGAGGGGGCUACGAGGUUGUGAAAUUCUCACUUCCUCUGCUGGCAGCAGUCAGCGGGAAGGGACUGGCUAAGCGAGACCCUCUGGACAAGCCCCUCUCCUUGUCAUGGGCCCCUGCCAUGGCGCCCCGCUGCCCCUGUCUCUCCUGGUUCAGGCCCAGGUGCUGGCCCUGGCGCUGUCCCAGGGCGCCCUGCCCGCCUUCCUGCCCUGUGAGUUUCAGGCCCCCGACUACAUCAACUGCGAGUGGCUCUUCCUGUUAUCUGUGCCCCACUUCUCGGCGUCCUCGCCCCGGGAGAAUAUCACGAAGCUCUCCCUGAGCUGCAACCGCAUCCGCCACCUCCACAACUCCGACUUCGCCCACCUGCCCGGCCUGCGGUGGCUCAACCUCAAGUGGAACUGCCCGCCCAGCAGCCUUAGCAUCAUGCACUGGGCCUGCCACAUGACCAUCGAGCCCCAUACCUUCCUGGCCGUGCCCACCCUGGAGGAGCUGAACCUGAGCUACAACAACAUCACCACCGUGCCCGCCCUGCCCCACUCCCUCAGGACCCUGUCCCUGAGCCGCACCAACAUCCUGGUCAUUGACGCCGCCAGCUUCAGGGGCCUGCACGCCUUGACACACCUGUACAUGGACGGCAACUGCUACUACCAGAACCCCUGCGGCCGGGCCGUGCAGGUGGCCCCCGGCGCCCUCCUCGGCCUGCACAACCUCACCCACCUGUCGCUCAAGUACAACAACCUCACGGCGGUGCCCCGCGACCUGCCCCCCGGCCUGCACAACCUGCUGCUGUCCUACAACCGCAUUGUCUCCCUGGGGCCUGCGGACCUGGCCAACUUCACCGCCCUGCGUGUGCUGGACGUGGGCGGGAACUGCCGCCGGUGCGACCACGCCCGCAACCCCUGCGUGGAGUGCCCCCCGGGCUUCCCCCAGCUGCACCCCGACACCUUCAGCAGCCUGAGCCACCUGGAAGGCCUGGUGCUGAAAGACAGUUCCCUCUCCAGCCUGGACACGCGCUGGUUCCGGGGCUUGGGCAACCUCUCCGUGCUGGACCUGAGCGAGAACUUCCUGUACGAUUGCAUCCAGAACACCACGGCCUUCCAGGGCCUGCGGAAGCUGCGCAAACUCUACCUGUCCUUCAACUACCACAAGGGCGUGUCCUACGCCCACAUGACCCUGGCGCCCUCCUUCGGGCGGCUGCGCGCCCUGGAGGUCCUGGACAUGACCGGCAUCUUCUUCCGUGAGCUCAGCGAGAGCACGCUGCGGCCGCUGGCCCGCCUGCCCGUGCUGCAGACCCUCAAGCUCCAGAUGAAUUUCAUCAACUGGGCCCAGCUCAGCGUCUUCCAGGCCUACCCCAGCCUGCGCCAGGUGGAUCUGUCCAACAACCGCAUCAGCGGGCCUCUGGGGUCCAACGCCUCCACGUGGGAGGUGGGUGCCGGGGGGGCGAACUGGCGGCCCGCGGGGCACCUCGCGCCAGACCCCAGGGACGCCCCCAGCUCUGAGGACUUCAUGCUGAACUGCAAGAACCUCAGCUUCACCUUGGACCUGUCGCGGAACAACCUGGUGACGAUCGAGCCGGAGAUGUUCGCCGGGCUGUCGCGCCUCCAGUGCCUCCGCCUGAGCUACAACAGCAUCUCGCAGGUCAACGGCUCCCAGUUCGUGCUGCUGACCAGCCUGCAGGUGCUGGACCUGUCCUACAACAAGCUGGACCUGUACCACGGCCGCUCGUUCACGGAGCUGCCCUGCCUGCGGGCCCUGGACCUCAGCUACAACAGCCAGGCCUUCACCAUGCAGGGCAUGGGCCACAACUUCAGCUUCGUGGCGCAGCUGCCCGGCCUGCGCUACCUGAGCCUGGCGCACAACGCCAUCCACAGCCGCGUGUCCCCCGAGCUCCGCAGCGCCUCGCUCAGGGCCCUGGACUUCAGCGGCAACGCCCUGAACCGCAUGUGGAAUGAGGGGGACCUCUACCUCCGCUUCUUCCAGGGCCUGAGCCAGCUGGUCAGCCUGGACCUGUCCCGGAACCACCUGCACGCCGUCCUGCCGCACAACCUGGGCCACCUCCCCCGGAGCCUGCAGCGGCUGCGGCUCCAGGACAACUACUUGGCCUUCUUCAACUGGAGCAGCCUGACCCUCCUGCCCCGGCUGGAGAGCCUGGACCUGGCGGGGAACCAGCUGAAGGCCCUGACCAACGGCAGCCUCCCCGCGGACAGCAGGCUCCGGAGGCUGGACGUCAGCCGCAACCGCAUCAACUUCGUGGCCCUCGGCUUCUUCGCUCCGGCCACGCAGCUGCAAGAGCUCAACCUCAGCCGCAACGCCCUCCGGACGCUGGACCCCUCGUGGUUUGGCGCCCGGCCCAGCGGCCAGAGCAGCUUCUGGGCCCAGCUGGGCGUGGCCCUGACCAGGGACAACCACCACUUCUACAACCGAAACUUCUGCCGGGGCCCCACCACGGCCGAGUAA